ACAGGAAGGUUUUUUUAUGGCGUUCACAUGCUAAGUUAUUUGCGUAUCUUCGGAAUUCAUCUGAACACGGCUUCAGCAUUUCAAUGUACAAGCCAGUUUCGGCGUUCAGCCAUAACAGCCGAAAUUUCAUUUCGAGUCUUGGAAGCAAUUAGUGAUCCCCUGGAUAACUUGGUCAUAAUAGAAAAAGAUACAGUUCAGAAUCUAACAUGCAGACGGCCGCCAAUCAAAGAUCACAUCCAAUGGCUCAAGGACGGACUAUCAUUUGACUCAGAUCAAAUAUUUUUGACACACAAUUUCUCCAUAGUGUCGCUUAACGGAACUCGGGAAGAAAUCGGUACGUACACGUGUCAAUGGGAAAACAGCAUAGGGGAAGUGCGGUAUAGGAAUUUUACUGUGGACUUCUUCAAUAACACGCCGACGGAAAACCUGAACAAGACGAUCAUCCUCCUAGCUAUUAUUUUAUCGGCUUUAUUUCUGAUUGGAGUUGGGAUCGGCAUUAAAUUCUGUUUGGAUCGGAAGAAAAAAUCUUUCAUAGGCACAGAAGAAUUAUUGAAGGGAAAGACCAGUGAAAUCAAUGACGACAUUCCGCCGGAAUAUCGAAUUGAAUUUCUACCCUACGACAAACAAUGGGAAUUUCCGAGGCAUCGCCUCAAACUUGGGGAUCAACUGGGAGCGGGAUGUUUCGGUAGGGUUAUGAAAGCUGAAGCUGUUGGACUAAAAGACUCGGAUAAAACUGUUAAAACGGUGGCAGUUAAAAUGGUUCGAUCUGCAACUAACGCUGCCGCAAUGGAAGCUCUAAUCAGAGAGUUGAAAAUCUUGAUCUACCUUGGAUCGCACAUUAAUGUUGUCAAUUUACUGGGAGCCUGCACAAAAGGAACAUCCAGAGGAGAACUGUUCAUCAUCAUUGAUUAUUGUCGAUUCGGAAAUGUGCAAACCUAUUUGAAGAACUGUCGGGAAAAUUUUAUCAAUCAAGUGGACAAGUUCGGUCAGCUGAAAAGCGAAAUGGAAGUCCAAUCGAUGAAUCUACCAGAUUGCACUUCAUACGACAUAGACAAAACUGCAAUGAAAUCAACUUCAUUUAAAUCUAUCUCUGAUCGAUUGCACCCACCACCAUUCUCGCAACAACAUCCAAAUUCUACUUCAAAUCAAUGCAUUUCUACAAGGGAUUUAAUAUCUUGGUCUUAUCAAAUAGUUCGAGGAAUGGAUUAUUUAGCCAGCAAAAAGGUAAUUCACGGAGAUUUAGCUGCUCGUAAUAUUCUGUUGGCCGACAAGGGAGUGGUCAAAGUAUCAGAUUUCGGAAUGGCCAAGAAAAUGUACUACAAAAGCAAUUAUGUGAAAAAAGGGCAGUUCUUGAUGCCAGUCAAAUGGAUGGCCAUCGAAUCGUUGACGGAUAAUUCAUUUUCAAGCCAAUCGGACGUUUGGUCGUACGGUGUCCUUUUAUGGGAACUUUUUUCGCUUGGCAAAGUGCCAUUCCCAGGAAUGGAUGUUGCUCACGUUCUCGUGAAAGAAAUACGGAAAGGAUAUCGCAUGGAAAAACCUGAUUUCGCACCAAAUGUUUUUGGAAAAAUAAUGGCAGAUUGUUGGAAAACGAAACCGGACGAGAGACCAACAUUUGGUCAGUUAGAUGAAUUGAUCAUAGGGCAGUUGGAAUCGUCUGUUCCCUCCAUGUAUUUGAAUAUGAACGAUGAGUGCGGAAAAAUUGAUGAAGAAAGCGGUGCAACCAGCAAUCGCAAUGUGCUGGUGGAAAUCAUGGACAGGGCUACUAUGGCUUAGUACGAUUAACUACAAUCUAGCAAUAAAAAAAUGUCUUUGGCCAAGGAAUCACACUCAUGAUCAGGGGGCACAUGGAUGUGAUUGAAUUGUUGAACCCAAACUUGCUCUGCCCAUGCUGAUGAACGUUUUGCCAUAUUUAAAAUUUGAAUUGCUUUUUUAAGACGAACGAUACGUCGACGAUAAUUGAGACGAAAGAAGUUCUUACCUGUCUAAAAAAAAGAACUUCACCACUCCAAAGCUCAAAAGUGGGCGGAGGAAAAACAAGUUGUUCUGACAAAAAUUUUCCUGUGAAAGACAUGUUCUGCUUGACAGCCGUUCCUCCCGUUUCACUCUGUGUUUGUUGCCAUCGAUAAUAUGGAAUUGUUACAGAAAAUGAGUUUUACCUCUCGUUCUGAUUUAUUUCCCAGCCAACAAUGGCGCUGACUAGUUUCUGUCGUUGCCAAUAGUUGCGUUGAAUUUCGUCAUCGGCCAUUUCCACUAGUCGUCUAAUGCAGUCCUGUGUCAUCUCCCCAAAUGAGGAUAACUGAAAACU